GCUGCUUUGACGCAGCCUAUAACAGACCAGCAGGCGCCCCGGCAGUCCCGUCUCUGCUGACUCAGUGCCUUACCAGCAGCACCUUCGCCCUGCGCCCACCGCGUCCAGCAGCUCUCCUCCGGCCAGCAUCACCAGUUCAGAAAAAAUGGCCAAGACCGCAAUCGCGUACAAAGAGAAGAUGAAGGAGAUUUCUGUUCUCUCACUCAUCUGCUCUUGUCUGUACCCCGAGACCCGCAAAAACAUCAUGGGUGACUUUGAAGAUAUGGACAUCAAACCCAUUAACAAGCGCGCCUCGGGCCAAGCCUUUGAGGUCAUCCUUAAGCCGCCCUCCCCUGUGACUGAUGUGGCCCACUGCAUCACCAACCCCCCAAAGAGGGACAUCUCCCUGGAGGACAUCCAGAAGAAGCUGGAGGCGGCUGAGGACCGCAGGAGAUGCCAGGAGGCGCAGAUCCUUCGUAUCCUGGCUGAGAAGCGAGAGCACGAGCGCGAGGUGCUGCUGAAAGCCAUGGAGGAGAACAGCAACUUCAGCCGCAUGGCUGAGGAGAAGCUCCAUCUGAAGAUGGAGCAGAUCCAGGAGAAUCGGCAGGCCUACCUGGCCGCCAUGAUGGAGCGCCUACAAGAUAGGGAGAGGCACGCUCAGGAGGUGCGCAGGAACAAGGAGAUGAGAGAAGAGUUGUUGCCAUGAGAAAAUCCAGUAGGCUCCGCAUCCCACCUUCACACCCCACACCACCACCCCAGGCCCUGAGGAACACCUCCCCAUCCCCCAAGUCCCCACCUCUCCACCCCUUCCCCUGUCAUCCUCCCCUAUUAAUUACGAUGAAACUACCACGAUGCGCCACCCCGAUACAGCGGGAGGUCGAAAUGGGGGUUGGGGGUGGAAAAUGAUACAAAAAUUCAGAAAAGAGAAGAAAAAAAAAGGUCAAAUUACUGUAAUGUCUCCUGCCAAUUCCUUCCAAAAAGAAUGUUUUUGCUCAAAUAAGAAGCAAAAGAAAAAUCUAAUUGACAAGCGACAGUGGGUUUUUGUAAAUACUUGUUUUUUUGUUAUAUACAGUGCGAUACAAGCAGCAAAAGUAUUGAUUGCAGUGUGCCAUUUUUAUAUAUAGGUUUCCUUCCCUGCAUAUAUAUAUAUGGAUGUAAUUAUCUGUUCAUUUUUCAUAUUUUCGUUGAUUUCAGCCUGAGAAUGUUUUCAUAUUUUAGGUUCCUCUUGUGUGUAACAGGCUUAGGUGUUUGUUGUGAGUUCGCCAGCUAGCUGAUGUUUUUGCCGUGACUGCUUUGUGUCUUCACAAAGUCCGCAUGCUGGCCCCCUGCCCUCUCGUCCCCUCGAGUGGGCGCUUACUCAUCAGACCCACCAGAUCAGGAGGCAAAAUUGGAUCUCCGUUUUGGUCCGAGUGAUUUUCCAUCCAGUUAUUGCCAACGUUCCAAUUAGUGAGGGACACAUGCAGGACAGUUGCCAAAGGAAAGUAGCGGGUGGGUGGGC